AAUGUAUCACUUAUUUUGAGGAGCUUGUAAUAGACUUUAGUUGUUUUGUAUUUUAACUUCUCUUAUCGGUUUUGGGUGACCUACCAAACCAAAUAACCCAGAGAGGUUCUUUAAAAUCACAACUAUGUCUCAGGAUUCAUUUGACAAUUCACUGAACAUAAAUCUUCUAAAGGAAUAUGUGUUAAGAAGACUUUGUGAGUGUUUAGACAGAGCAAACAGUAAAGGAUGGCGAAAACUUGGGGAGAUUGUAAACAAUGACCGGCGCUUUAAAGUAAGUUCAGAUGACCUAGAGAUGUGUUCUCUGAAGGUGCUGGAGGUAAAAGGCAGCCCUUCUCGCAGUCUGCUGAGACUGAUGGGAGAUCGAGGUUGCACACUUGGUAACCUGGUAGAGUUUCUAAAGAUGAUGGGUAACAGUGAAGCCAUUCAGUGUCUUAAAUCAGGUAUUAAAAUCCUUCUCCAGCCUCAGUCUGUGUCUGCAAUUGCUGGACACAGUGUUCGCCUGAGCUGCUAUGCUGCUGCCGCUUCCAACGUACAGUACCAGUGGUUCAAGGCAAAAGAAGAGGUUCCCAAUAGCUCCUCUCCAGACCUUAUGCUGAGUCCUGUCCAGGUCACAGAUGCUGGCUUCUACAUUUGCAGGGUGAAUUGUGGUGAUUCCUUUGAGUUCAGCAGUUGGCUUCAGGUGGAUGUGCUGGAUGUUAUGCCAGCUUGUGGGUUGAUGUCUCUUCCUUCUGAGGGAAGAAUGAGGGUCGUGAUACAGCCUAAACAUCAGUCUUUGCUGGUGGGGGACAUAUUGCAUCUUGAAUGUGGAGCUGUGGGAAAGCCGCUACCAAUUUACCAGUGGUACAGAAAUGGGAUUCCAAUUAAGAAUGCCAUCAAGAGGAAGUUUAGUAUCUCAUAUGUGCUGCCGGAGCAUGAGGGAAGAUAUCGCUGCGAAAUCUCCUGCAACAAUGAGAGAACCUGGAGCAAUGAAGUAAAGAUCCUCGUAGAUGACUUCAUAGCCAUUGCACAGAAUGACAGUCCUGAAAAGCCAUAUGCCACUGACAAAGUGGCUCUUCUAAUAGGCAACAUGUCGUAUCAGAACCACCCUCAGCUAAAGGCACCUAUGGUGGAUGUGUAUGACCUUACCAACCUGCUUCGUCAACUCAACUUUAAAGUGGUCUCACUGCUGGACCUGACUGAGUCUGAGAUGCGCAAUGCUGUUGAAGAGUUUCUCUCCCUGCUGCAUAAAGGCGUUUAUGGCUUGUUGUACUAUGCUGGACAUGGUUAUGAGAACUUUGGAAAUAGUUUCAUGGUACCGGUUGAUGUUCCGAACCCGUACCGCUCGGGUAACUGCCUGUGUGUGCAGAGCAUUCUAAAACUGAUGCAGGAAAAGGAAACAGGUCUUAAUGUCUUCCUUCUUGAUAUGUGCAGGAAAAGAAAUGUUCAUGAUAACGAAAUGCCAAAUGUUAUGCUUAAAGUCACAGCCAACAUCGUUUUUGGCUAUGCCACGUGUCAAGAUGCUGAAGCUUUUGAGUUAAGCUCCACUGGAUUCACCAAUGGCGUGUUCAUCAAGUUUCUGAAAGAGCGGCUUUUAGAGGAUGAAAAGAUUACCGUACUUCUGGACAGAGUAGCAGAAGAUAUGGGCCAGUUUGAUCCGACCAAAGGAAAACAGGCUCUUGAGAUCCGCAGCAGUCUUUCUGAGAGACGCUCACUGACUGACCCCAUCCAGCCUGGAGAGAGUUCAGACGUAGUCCAGACUCACAGCCUUCUCUGGGCUAAAGCAAAUGAACUACCAGAGAGCAUGACUAUGGACUUCGAGUGUGGUGUGAAGCUCAAGCUGGGCUUUGCAGCUGAGUUCUCAAAUGUGUUGGUCAUCUACACUAACAUUGUGAAAAAGCCAGAAGAGAUGUCCUCAUGCCAAGCUCAUCUCCUUAACCUAUCUGACCUGGAUCCUAAGCUGAUGAAUAAGGAGACCCCAGAGGAGACAGGGAGCUACCUGCUCACAGGCAGUCUCCCCCAGCACUGCCUCUACACUAGACUCAGCUCCCUUCAGAAGCUCAAGGAGAACCUGGUCUGUACAGUUUGUCUUCAGGCUGAAUUUAAGUCUCUAGAUGAGCAAGUCCACUGGACCAAGGAAGUAGACAUCGGCAAACCCCUCAUAGCCAGGCUGGAUCUGCACCGGACCCCCAGAAGAAACAGCUGUCAGCUGACGUGCCUUAUGCCUCACAGCCCCUCCACUAGCCCGAGUCCAAGUCCUGGAGCUGAGUGUCUGCUGCAGCAUCAUUUUCCUUACCUGCAUCCACAGUCCAGCAACCCCUACCUCCAUGUUUCUGAGCCUUUGCACAGAGCUGCUGUGGGUUAUGGAACCCCUCGGCAUGAUGAUUAUGCAUAUCACUAUGAAAAUACUUCAAAUUCACCUUACAUGUCUCUGCCCAGUGUGCCCAUCGAAGCCACUGAAGAUAUUGAAGAUAUGCAGAAUAGGCUAAUGGAUAGUUUGCAAUUAUAUAAACAGUAGGACAGACAGAAAGUUCAUCAGUUUUUAAGUCUUCAGUCCCAUUUUAACAGGCCUUAAAAAGUCUCAUAUGUUUUAUAUACAGUAAAAUAUAAAGGUUACACUGACUUGUAGAUAACAUGUACUUCGUGGCAGUCCUGAGAUUUAGAUUUCUGCAGUAGUUAUUUUUCAUUUGACUUAAUGAUUGGAUCACAUGCUUUUAUGACUAUGAUUUACUGACCUCAGCUUUAGCCAUAUUUAUCCAUACCUCAGCUGUAUUAUAUAAAGUCUGUUGAACAGAAUAUGUGAUAACUUUAUAGCUAUAUGGUAUAUUUUGUCAUAUUUGGUAUUAGAAAAUGGUUUGCAGUACAGUAUUUACAGUAUUUAAUUUAGAUGUAUUAUUUUU